AUGAGGUUCUCAUUUGACGAAUUGUACGAGAAUGCUGAACGGAAACAGAGUCAGAAUACCAGCAGCAGUGAUUCUGACUAUGAAUUAGACGGGGAGUUUACGUAUAUUGGCGAUCCAUCUGAUGGGAUCCAGUUAAAACUACCGAAAUUAUACCAUUCUUCAAAGAAUGACGGCCAAGGUGAAGAGCAAGGGUUUAGUUCAGGAGAUACAAUUUCUUUAGAGGAUGUGGUAGAACCAGAAAUAGUUUCAAUGCUUUCCAACUUAAAUAUCACUCUUGAAAGGAAUGCACUACCGCAUCUUACAACGAGAGGUCACGAGAAUAAAGCUUUAGGCCCUGUUCUUAUUGACGAAGCAGAACUUUAUUACCAAGAGAAGAAGGAUUUGAUUGACGAGGUGGAACAACACACCUUUCCUAUGCAAGACCAGGUGCUUGAAUCUGUGUGGAAUGAGGAAAUUGAUUCAAUUGAAAAGGUGAAUCAACGUUUAAUUAAAAGCAUAAAGGAUAAAAAGAAGAGGGAAGAGGAAGCACGUAUCCAGAAAGAAUGCGAAGCGGAGAAGCGCAGACAAGAAGAAUUGAAGCAUAAAAAGGAGAUGGAAAAGAAGUUGAAGGAGGAAGAGAAACGGAAGAUUCAAGAAAUGGCAGAAAAGGAGAAGAAAGCUGAAGAAGCGAAGAGAGUAGAAGCCCUGAAAAAGAAGCAAGAACAAGAACAACUGGAGAGGAAUAAACUUAAACAGUCCAAAGAAUCUACAAAUUUCAAGUUAAUCGAAGAAACUUUUACUAAAUACAAAACCAUGAUUCAGACAAUUAAAACAGAAAUAAUUGAACCGGUGAAGGCGGAUCCCACCUUGAAGAAAACUUUAGCACAACAUAAGAGGAAAAUUAAUCCAAAAUUCGGACAAUUAACCAACAGUACUGCACAAUUGAAUGCAAUCACCAAUGAACUUACCGAACUGGUACUUCAAACGAAGGCUAACCAAUUAGCCUAUAAAUGGAUUCUAAACUUUAUAGCUAAGGCGAUUGUUUCCCAAGCAGAAUCUGAGGCCAGAGUGAAACCUGAAAGCGCUUUGCCUUUAGGAACACUUGCGCUAAGUCUUCUUGCAUCAUACCCGGAACUCAAAGAGUUCUUACUGGCGAGACUCAUCAAGAAAUGUCCGUUUGUUAUCGGUUACACGUGCAGCAUAGACACAGUCGAAGGAAGAACCAGAAUGGGAUGGAAACGUCAAAGUGACAACAGAUGGGAAGAAGAUAUUUCAUAUGAUGAAAGGAUGGGUGGUAUGAUUACCUUGUUUGCUGUCAUCACAAGAUUACCUCUACCGCAAACGUACAUUCAGAAACUUGUGCAUCCUUUCCCAAUCUCUUGGUCAUGGAGAAUGCUAGCUAGAAUCGGCAACACUCCAAAGGAUCUACUUACAAAUACACACUUCGUCGUUCUUGCCUACUGGUGGGAGGCUGCGGCAGCACAAUUGCUCCAAGCAUACAACGUUCAGGCAACAAAACUACUUGAAGUUAUUUCGAUUGAUUUAACUGCACUUGUUGCUGACAAAAAAUUCGUUGGUGCAGCAAGACUCCGCAUUAUUAACGAGGAAUGGCAUAAUACAAAUCAAAUAUCAUCAUUCCCAGAUAUGGCAGCAUAA